UACAGCAUCGCCACCGAAUGUACGAAUGCCCCCCCUCGCAUGCCGUUUCUCCCGGAUUCGCAAUCCGCGCCUCAACCCAUCAUCGUCGGCGAAUCUGGUCGCCCGCCUCGUGCUCGCCUGCUCGUCCUCCUCUUCCCGCCUGGAGCCACCGGAGCUUCCCGGUCCCGGGGCUCGUGGCGGCGGAGGAUUCCCAGCGACCAUCAGGGAAGGGAAGGCGGAGAUCUUCGCCGACGACUCCAACUCGGUCUUCUACAACAAGGCCCAGGUUAAUAACAGAGAUCUUUCCAUUGCUGUAUUGAGGUCAUUUAUUUCGCGAAGACGUGAAGAGCAUGAUGCCCAAUUAAGAAAAGGUAUUUCCAACGAUGAACCAGGCACAGGCAGUCAUGCUGAAAUACUGCCAAAACAUCACCCCGAAGAAUUGGACCACAUAAGAGGAGGAUUUGAGGACAAGGCAUUGAAUGAAGAAACUGGCUAUAAACCACCCAAAGUUCUUGAGGCUUUAGCUGCAUCGGGAUUAAGAGCUAUUAGGUAUGCCCUUGAAGUAGAUGGGAUUGGGGAAGUUAUAGCUGUUGAUAACAAUGAAGCAGCUAUAGAGGCCUGUAAAAAAAAUAUCCGCCACAAUGGCAGUGUUGCAUCUUCAAAGGUGGUACCACAUCUUGCUGAUGCACGUGUUUACAUGCUCACCCACCCAAAAGAAUUUGAUGUGGUUGACAUUGACCCUUAUGGAUCGCCAGCUGCAUUUCUAGAUUCGGCAGUUCAGUGUGUUGCAGAUGGUGGUAUCUUGAUGUGCUCAGCUACAGACAUGGCUGUGCUUGCUGGCGGCAAUGCAGAAGUUUGUUUUUCCAAGUAUGGGUCUUAUCCAUUGAAGGGCAAACACUGCCAUGAGAUGGCCCUGAGGAUUCUUCUUGCUUGUAUUGAGUCACAUGCCAUCCGCCACAAGCGCUAUAUAGUUCCUAUAAUAUCAGUGCACAUGGAUUUCUACAUUAGGGUCUUUGUGCGAAUCUUCACUUCAGCUAGCAAAGUAAAAAGCUCACCCCUUAGAUUAGCACAUGUCUACCAAUGUACUGGAUGCAGUUCAUUUCACUUUCAAAACAUUGGAAGAAUUAACUCAAAGGACACGAGGAAUAUUGCCCUACCAAAUUUUUCCCCUGUUGUAGCUCAGGAAUGUUCUGAAUGUGGCCAUAACUUUGUGAUGGGGGGACCUAUAUGGAGUGAUCCAAUGCAUGACAAAGAAUGGGCUGCUUGUAUUUUGUCGAGUAUCCAAGCUAUGAGUUGCACAUAUUCUGCUUUUGCCAAGAUUUCAGCUAUAAUGACAUCAGUAUCGGAGGAAUUGCCCAAAGCACCUUUAUUUGUUAGUCUUCACAAUUUAUGUGCAAUCCUGAAGUGCACCAAUCCAACGAUUGCAAUGUUUCAAUCUGCUAUCAGAAAUGCUGGUUAUCAAAUAUCAGGCUGCCAUGUGGAUCCACUGGCUCUUAAAACAGAUGCCCCUAUGUCUGUAAUUUGGGACAUCAUGCGAUGUUGGGUCAAGAUUCAUGCUGUAAAGUUUCGGCCUGGAAAUCAUCCAGGUACUAGGAUACUGUCCCAAGAGCCUAAACUACAGGCAAAAUUUUCCCUUGUACCUGGUAGUUUAGCAGCACGGAAGACCCCAAGAUUUGUACCUAAUCCCGAAAAAUAUUGGGGUCCUAAGACAAAGGCCGGUAGACAACCAAAGAUACUACCAGUGGACAAUUUAUAAAUCGAUACUGAUAUGAUGGUUGCAGACUGGAGAUAUCAGAUGCAUUCUUUUGUUAGGUACUGACCGACUGAGCAUGUAGAUUGUUUCAACAGGCAAGUAUGUCCAUUCCAAAUUUUGAUGGUCAUUAUAGAUUACCUACAGUCAGUGCUCUGAUUGAUGGCAAUUACACAUCUACACUAUAGUGUUAUUUCCUCGCAUAAGCGAAGAUCAAAGGAAGCCACUAGAACAUGACCUCGUUCAGCUGUCUUAGAUACUGCCACAAGCUAUUUUUGCAUAUUAUAUCACUUUCCUGUUUCUUCAACCUUGCAUAGCAUUGACUCAUUUAGAUUUAGGAACAAAGGCUACAUCAGAUGCGCCAUAUAAGUCGAAGAAUCACAACACACUAGAUGCUGCCGUGUGCCUUGCUAAAAAAUUAAGAAUAAACUGUGCAAGUAUUUAUAUCUCGUUGAAAUCAGAUUUUACAAAGCCAACGCAACAGCUAAAUAUAUAGGUAUGAUUUUAAGAAACACAGUCCUCCGC